AACCGCGCAAACUUGUCUCCGAGACGCCCACCUCUCCGCACGUCAACGUCCCCUUUCGGCCUCAAAACCUUAGAACCUCACGAUUCUCCAAGUGACGACCCCAAGUCGCCAAUAAAAUAAUCAUGCCUGACGUCAAGCGCACUGUCCGUCUCAUCACCGAGCAGAACAUUAUAGAUAAGCCAUCGGAAGUCGAGGGCUUCCCACAGCGAUCUUGGCAUAUUGAGGUCUGGCUCGUGAACGAGAAGGGCGCCUUGGUCCCCGCGAACCUGUUCGACAAGGUCACCUACCACCUGCACCCCAGUUUCGGUGAACGUGCUACCCAGGUCUUCAAGCAGCCGCCGUUCCGCAUUCAAGAGGAAGGAUGGGGUGAAUUCGAUAUGUCUAUCGAGCUGACUGCUGACAAGUCGUACACCAUUCAACAUGACCUGAACUUCGCCCAGACCCGUUAUGAAUCUAAGCAUGUGCUGACCUUCAAGAACCCCAAGCCUGCUUUGAUGGCCGCACUGCGCGAGUCUGGUCCCGUUCCCGGCGACGAGAAUGGUAUCAAGCACAAGCGCCCUGCCGGUGGCGAGGAGAGUGCCAAGAAGAAGAAGCGCACAGAUAAGAAUGUCGACAUGGACAAGCUUGCCGAUGGGCUCCAGAAGCUGAACGAAGACGACCUUCUGCAGGUUGUGCAGAUGGUUCAUGACCACAAGGCGGCGGACUCAUACACAAAGAACGAUGUUGAGCUCGGAGAAUUCCACGUGGACUUGUACACGCUCCCGGACGCAUUGAUCAAAAUGCUCUGGGAUUUCACGGCGGACCGCGGAGCCCUGUAA